AUGACAGUAAUACGAGGAGGAACGAGAGUAGGACGUUCCUUCCGUCCAGACUUCUUAGUGGUUAGACAAAACCUAAAGGACGCUGGAGAGGACCAUACGAGACUUUUAUUAGCUUUAAAGUUUGGUGGAGUUCCAAGUAUCAACAAUUUGAACGCCAUUUAUAACUUUCAGGAUAAGCCAUGGGUAUUUGGUCAUUUGGUACAACUGCAAAGGCGACUGGGCAAAGAAAACUUCCCUUUGAUUGAACAAACUUUCUAUCCAGAUCAUCAUGAAAUGAUAACAUCAACACGUUUUCCAAUAGUUAUCAAAAUAGGUCAUGCACACGGAGGUCUGGGAAAAGUUAAAGUAGACAAUAUAAAUGACUUCCAAGAUUUGGCUAGUGUAGUUGCAGUAGCUAAUACCUAUUGUACUGUGGAGUCAUAUAUCGAUUCAAAAUACGAUAUUCACGUUCAAAAAAUUGGACAUAACUAUAAAGCCUUCAUGAGGAAAUCAAUUUCAGGAUGUUGGAAAACAAAUACUGGUUCGGCAAUAUUGGAACAAAUAUCAAUGCCGGAAAGAUACAAAAACUGGAUCGAUGAGGUUUCAGACUUAUUUGGAGGAUUGGAUAUUUGUGCUCUUGAAGUUGUCGUUGGAAAAGACGGGAGUGAAUAUAUUAUAGAGGUCAAUGAUAGUGCCCUUACUCUACUUGGAGACACCCAAGAAGAAGACAGGCGACAUAUAGCCGAAUUAGUCACAUCUAGAAUGCAAGCCAUCUGCAGACCAAGAACACCUCCGCAUACCGAAGAAGUUGUUCCCCCACCAGUAGGUCCUAGAGGAAUUUUAGGAAGUUUAAGUAGUCUUACAAGGGAUAUUACUGAUACGCCACCACCAUCUGCUGCCUCAGAUGCACCUUCUUUGGGUAGUGUUGGUAGACGGGAUAGUCAGGCGUCCCAGUCCAGCACAAUUAGUAGCGCACCAAGUGUCGGACGUCUUCCAGAUCCCCCACCUCGUCCAUUUCAACGACAAGGUAGUCAAACCCAAACUCUUGCAGAAGACACGGAAGACACAAUGAAAAAUCUUCGGAAAACUUUUGCUGGCAUCUUUGGAGACAUGUAA